CGGGGCGGAGAUUGGAUGGCGUUAUCCGAUAUCAGAGCAGUCUCACUUCCUCCUUGUCUUCUGGGCGCAGAACCGCACAGAGACGACUCUUUUUUCCCCUGGAGGAAGAUGGUGAAUAUUGAGGACCUUCCCAAGGAGAUGCUGCUGGAGAUCUUCCUUCGGCUCCCUUCCUGGUUCCUCCUUCGCAGUUGCCGUCUGGUUUGCUCCCGGUGGCGAGACAUGGUGGACACUCUGAGCACGGGAUGGAAAGAGAAGUGUGAGCAGGCCGGCUACCCGCUUGGUGUGUUGGUUGGCGCUCUCCCUGACUGGAAGACUUUCUACUUUCUCUGCAGAAUAAAGAAGAACCUCAUCAGGAAUCCCUGCGGUGAAGCGGGCCUGAACUCCUGGCAAAUUGAGCCAGAUCAAGUAGAGGCCUGGGAUGUAGGGAAGCUAUCAAGGGACAACUCUCCCUUUGAGGAUGGGACAUGGUGCUUUGGUGCAUUUAGCGGGCCCAGACCCAAAAGCCAGCUCAUCGUCUUAAAGGAUCAUGGCUACUGGGAUGAGCUGAUGGACGAAGUCAAGCCCGAUAUUGUUGUGAAAGACUGGUGCGACGUCCUUGACGAGGACCCCUACAACUACACUCUGCACAUGAAACUGUUGUCUGCCGAUUCUGAAGUCCUCUGCGAAUGUCGCGCUGAAGAGUUGGUCAUAAGUGAGCCCGGAGAGAGUGAAUGGAGAGAGGGCUCGUAUACAUUCCAUAACUACCCCACUGGAGUCCGUUACAUCUAUUUUGAACACGGAGUGGUUGGCGUGGAUUCUGGGAGCCUAACAAACAGCAGCAUCACUGUGGGACCCAGAUUUCCCUAGAAAGAGGAGGAACCACCAGAAGGGGAAACAGUUCCCCGCAUCUGCUUGAGCAACAGGGCAGGGAGACACCUAAGGGCUCGCUCUGUUGUGUCAUUCCACGCCCCGCCCCCACCCCGCUUUCCAACUAAAUGUGUUGCAAUCCUGGGCCCUACAUCUCUGUUUCCCUGAGGUUGUGUUUUUGUGUACUUUUCGGAUGAUCUGCAUCUUUUUUUAAAAUGUGUGUGUGUGUGCGUGAAUUUGUAAGAGAAGGUGAGGGACCCUACAAACAAUAUUAUACUGCAAAAAAGAAAAUGCAACCAGCCACGGUAUUGCAGUUGCGUUGAGCAAAUACAUAAUGUGGGACUCAUCUACGCAGCUGCAAAUGAAAUGUUUUAAAUGUGUUGUAAAGUAUACAAAUGUGACACUAGAGGGGUGACAAUGAGCUAUGCAAAAUUCAAUGUAUUUUUAAAAACUUCUUUUUAAAAGCAUUUUCCCAGCGUGGUUUUUUUUUUAUAUAUGUGCGUAGAUCCCACCCUGGUUAAGAUAAAAGAAAAUCCUUCUUUACAGAGCUCACAGUUAAGCUAUGGAUUUCUCUUCAACAGGAGGCAGCAAUGGCUACCAAUUUGGAGGGCUUUAAAUAUGAGAUAGACAGGGAGGAGAGGUUAUUGAUUCCAGCCAUGAUGGCUCUCUUCUGGCUCUGCAGCAAUGCUUCUGAAGACCAGGUGCUGGAGACAACAGCAGGAACAAGGUGUUUUUGUGCUUGAACCCUCUCUAUGGGUUCCCCAUUUAGUCUUCUGCUUGGCCACUCUGAGAACAGGAUGCUGGACUAGAUGGGCCAGUGGCCUGAUCCAGCAGGCUCUUCUUACAUUAUUAUAAGUACCUGGAAGCGAUACUAAAGGCACAAGAUAUACAGUAUAUAUAUCACCCUAUUGUCAAUUCAGCUGUGUCAAAAGAAUGAACUGAAGUCCAUGAAUCUCUCCAGGGAAAAAAGUGAUAAAAUUGUGGUGUAGUGGUGUAAGUCAGUGUGGUAUAUAACGGAUACAGUGGCGGACUCGGAGCUGGGUUCAAAUCCUCCACUUGGCCACGAAGCUCACUAGGUGACCUGGGGCCACCUGCUGCCUCUCAGCCUAACCUGCCCUUGUAGGGCUGUUGUGAUAAAACGAGGAGAACUAAUUAUGCCACCUGGAGCUUCCUCGGAGGAAAAGGUGGAUUCAUAGAAUUGU